AUGGUGUCUUGCGUGGGAACUAGCGCCAUCUGCAGGCGGACGCGGGAUAUAGCAGCGCAUACGUAACCUGCAUGUGUUUGUGUGUGUGGGGUGGAGGAGAGGAGAGGAGAGGACUGGACUGGACUCAAACUCUGAGCAAGCGUCACAUAGGAACGCCAGCGCAGGAGCAGCAAGACCUUUUAACAUUUCUGCUUCACUUGAAGGCCACGGUUAACUGAUGAUGAAGCGAAGCCGUGUCCCGAGCACCAGUGAGGACUCAGAUAAUGGAAGUAACUCCACUUCCUGGUCUCAGCACUCCAAGCACAGGAAACAGAAUGGAAAAAGACCCUCAGAGGUGUUCAGGACAGACCUGAUCACUGCUAUGAAGCUGCAUGAUUCAUACCAGCUGAAUCCAGAGGAUUAUUAUGAGCUGGCCGAUCCUUGGCGGCAGGAGUGGGAGAAAGGGGUUCAAGUUCCUGUUAGUCCCGACACCAUUCCGGAGUGUACUGUGCGCACUGUAGCUGAGAAAUGCCCCGCUCCUCUGUUCAUCAAACCGAAGAAGCUGAUUCGCUCAUCUGAGUCAUCGAUGCUGGGGUACGUGGGUAUUCAGACGCUGGCGGAUGGCAUGUGUCGUUAUGAUCUGAAUGAGGAGGACGUCGUUUGGCUGCAGAUCGCUAACGAGGAGUUCAGCAAGAUGGGCAUGCAACCCCUGGAUGAGCUGACGAUGGAGCGGGUUAUGGAGGAGUUUGAGCGCCGUUGUUAUGACAACAUGAGCCACGCUAUGGAAACAGAGGAGGGGCUUGGCAUCGAGUACGAUGAGGAUGUGGUGUGUGACGUCUGUCAGUCCCCUGAUGGCGAGGACGGCAAUGAAAUGGUGUUCUGUGACAAGUGCAACAUCUGUGUGCAUCAGGCGUGUUACGGUAUACUGAAGGUUCCUGAGGGCAGCUGGCUUUGUCGAACCUGUGCGCUGGGCAUCUUUCCCAAAUGCCACCUGUGUCCUAAAAAAGGCGGGGCUAUGAAACCCACUCGAAGUGGCACCAAGUGGGUCCACGUCAGCUGUGCCCUCUGGAUACCAGAAGUAAGCAUUGGUAACCCUGAGAAGAUGGAGCCUAUCACUAAUGUGUCUCAUAUACCCAGCAACAGAUGGGCUCUAAUAUGCUGCUUGUGUAAAGAGAAGACAGGAGCUUGUAUUCAGUGUUCUGCCAAAAGUUGCCGAGUGGCGUUCCACGUGACUUGCGGUCUGCAGUGUGGGCUGAAGAUGAACACAAUCCUCACAGAGGCGGAUGAAGUCAAGUUUAAGUCUUUUUGUCCCAAACACUCAGGCAUGGACUGGAAUGAGGAAGAGGGAGAUGAUGACAGGCCAGUGAAGGUCCAGACCAGUGAAAAGAGAGGAAAAAUUCGAGGAGUGGACACGUCAUCCUCAUCACAGCCCAGACUCGCACAAAACCCAGAAGAGACCAGACUCAGCGAGCGCAAACUUCGAGUCCAGCAGCUGGAGGACGAGUUCUAUUGCUUCGUCGCCGCUGAUGAAGUCGCAGAGCACCUGAAGUUGCCCCUGGAAUCUGUGGACUUCCUGUUCCAAUACUGGAAAUUGAAAAGAAAGGUGAAUUUUAACCAGCCGCUCAUCAUGCCGAAGAAAGAGGAAGAGGACAGCCUUGCCCGGCGGGAACAGGAAGUUCUUUUGCGGCGACUCCGUCUCUUCACGCAUUUAAGACAGGAUCUAGAGAGGGUGCGUAAUUUGACAUACAUGGUCAGUCGUCGGGAGAGAAUUAAACGAAGCUUGUGCCGAGUGCAGGAGCAGAUCUUUCAUCACCACGUCAGGCUGCUCGAACAGGGACGCGUCGCUGGUAUAUCUUCUACUAGACGUUUGGAGGAGGCUAUGUUUUACUUUCGGACGGCACCUCCUGUACCUACAUCCCCCCAGCCUCUGAAGGGUCACUGCGGCCUGAACAGUGCCCUGGGCACCGCUGUUCAAAAAUCAUGAGAAAGGGAGCAACCC